AUUCGAAAUUUAAGAAAUGGGGAGACGUGUGGGAAGCAGCAAAGAUUACAAUUUAAGACUCAUCGACGAGAUCUACAGUCAAGUUCCAGCCUUCACCGAUGUGUUUGACGAAGAGACCUGGUAUAUUUUUGUCGCGUGUUUCGUUGCGGCCACCUUACUGGUGGCAUUUAUUCUCUCGAGAUACAUAACUAUAAAGCCCCUCGAUUGAGGAAUUAAAAUUCAUCAAGAUGUCUCGCGUGUAUCGUUAUCGAAAGUUCUACGUGCGUAUGUGUCAUUGAUGUGUGUGGGUGUGUGCGUAUAAAAUUUUCACGCACACGGCAAUUAUGUCAACUCCGUACGAUAACAAAUUCUUAUUCUCACGCGAUUAGCAAGAGUCGCUGCGCUGAUUAGUAUCGCAAGAAAAGAUGUGCAAUUUUGUGAGUGUAAUGUGUUACAGAUCGCUCGUGCGCUCUAACAAAUCAAUAAAAAGCGUUCGAAAGCAACUUCUGUGGGAAAUGUAUUUGCAGAAAUCAAACCCUGUUUUUAAUUUACUUUC